AUGUACCAUUAUCCUGUCUAUGGUGGAUUAAAUAUGGAGAGUAUCAAAGUAAGCUGGCUCCCUCCUCCAUCGGGAACACAAAAUGGAUUUAUUACUGGCUAUAAAAUUCGACACAGAAAGACUACCCGCAGGGGUGAGAUGGAAACACUGGAACCAAAUAACCUCUGGUACCUCUUCACAGGGUUGGAGAAAGGGAGUCAAUACAGUUUCCAAGUGUCAGCUAUGACUGUCAAUGGCACUGGACCACCUUCCAACUGGUACACAGCAGAGACUCCAGAGAACGAUUUAGAUGAGUCUCAAGUCCCUGACCAGCCGAGUUCCCUUCAUGUGAGGCCUCAGACAAACUGCAUCAUCAUGAGUUGGACCCCUCCUCUCAACCCAAACAUCGUGGUGAGAGGCUACAUUAUCGGCUACGGUGUUGGCAGCCCUUAUGCUGAGACAGUGCGUGUGGACAGUAAGCAGAGAUACUAUUCCAUCGAGAGACUAGAGUCAAGUUCUCAUUAUGUAAUCUCCUUAAAAGCUUUCAACAAUGCUGGAGAAGGUGUCCCUCUCUACGAAAGUGCCACUACCCGUUCAAUAACAGAUCCCACUGACCCCGUUGAUUAUUAUCCUUUGCUUGAUGAUUUCCCCACCUCGGGCCCAGAUGUCUCCACCCCCAUGCUCCCACCAGUAGGUGUACAGGCUGUGGCUCUUACCCAUGAGGCUGUGAGGGUCAGCUGGGCAGACAACUCUGUCCCGAAGAACCAGAAAACAUCCGAUGUGCGACUUUACACUGUUCGGUGGAGGACCAGCUUUUCUGCCAGUGCCAAGUACAAGUCAGAAGACACAACGUCUCUCAGCUACACAGCAACUGGCCUCAAGCCAAACACGAUGUAUGAGUUCUCAGUCAUGGUGACCAAGAACAGAAGGUCAAGCACAUGGAGCAUGACUGCACAUGCCACUACCUACGAAGCUGCCCCAACUUCUGCACCCAAGGAUUUGACAGUCAUUACUCGAGAGGGGAAGCCUCGUGCUGUCAUUGUGAGCUGGCAGCCUCCCUUGGAAGCCAAUGGGAAGAUCACUGCUUACAUCUUGUUCUAUACCUUGGAUAAGAAUAUACCAAUCGAUGAUUGGAUUAUGGAAACUAUCAGUGGUGACCGGCUUACCCAUCAGAUCAUGGAUCUCAGCCUUGACACUAUGUAUUACUUUCGAAUUCAAGCUCGGAAUGCGAAAGGAGUUGGGCCCCUCUCUGAUCCCAUCCUCUUCAGGACUUUGAAAGUGGAACACCCUGACAAAAUGGCUAAUGACCAAGGUCGUCAUGGAGAUGGAGGUUAUUGGCCAGUUGAUACUAACUUGAUUGAUAGAAGCACUCUCAAUGAACCACCCAUUGGACAGAUGCACCCUCCACAUGGCAGUGUCACUCCUCAGAAGAACAGCAACCUGCUUGUGAUAACUGUGGUCACCAUUGGCAUUCUCACUGUGUUGGUUGUGGUGAUUGUAGCAGUGAUUUGUACCCGGCGCUCUUCAGCCCAACAGAGGAAGAAACGGGCCACGCACAGUGUGAGCAAGAGGAAGGGCAGUCAGAAGGACCUCCGGCCUCCCGAUCUUUGGAUACAUCAUGAAGAAAUGGAAAUGAAAAAUAUCGAGAAGCCUGCAGGAACUGACCCUGCAGGAAGAGACUCCCCCAUCCAGAGCUGCCAAGACCUCACACCAGUCAGCCAUAGCCAGUCAGAAACUCAGAUGGGAAGCAAAAGUGCCUCCCACUCAGGUCAAGAUACUGAGGAAGCAGGGAGCUCCAUGUCCACUCUAGAGAGGUCCCUUGCAGCACGCCGGGCCACCAGGGCCAAGCUUAUGAUUCCCAUGGAAGCUCAGUCUAAUAAUCCUGCUGUUGUGAGUGCCAUCCCUGUACCAACACUAGAAAGUGCCCAGUAUCCAGGAAUCCUCCCAUCCCCCACAUGUGGAUACCCGCAUCCACAGUUCACUCUCCGGCCAGUACCAUUCCCAACAUUGUCUGUGGACCGAGGUUUUGGAGCAGGAAGAACUCAGUCUGUGAGUGAAGGACCAACCACGCAACAGCAACCCAUGCUACCCCCAGCUCAGCCUGAACAUCCCAGCAGCGAAGAAGCACCCAGCAGAACCAUCCCCACAGCCUGUGUGCGGCCAACUCAUCCACUCCGCAGCUUUGCUAACCCUUUGCUACCUCCACCUAUGAGUGCAAUAGAACCAAAAGUCCCUUACACACCACUUUUGUCACAGCCAGGACCCACGCUUCCCAAGACUCAUGUUAAAACAGCCUCCCUUGGGCUGGCCGGAAAGGCAAGGUCCCCUUUGCUUCCUGUGUCUGUGCCAACGGCCCCUGAAGUGUCUGAAGAGAGUCACAAGCCAACAGAGGAUCCAGCCAGUGUAUAUGAACAGGAUGACUUGAGCGAACAAAUGGCAAGUUUGGAAGGGCUAAUGAAGCAACUCAAUGCCAUCACAGGCUCCGCCUUUUGA